AUGGAGCCCCCGUCGUUCCCUGCCAGCGGGCUGUUCACCGUCAGGGCGGCACCCGGGAGCGACGCGACCCUCGUCCUGCCUGUUCCCACCGGCUCACCACCGUUCAACUACCAAUGUCGCGCUGGAGCGUCGUUAGACGAACGGUUCAGGACGACGGAUGACGCGGGCGGCGUCCGGUUGACGGUGUCUGCAGCACGGACCGGAGAUACCAAUGUGUACACGCUACAAGCUAGUAAUGCAGCCGGGAGUGACACGAGUCGAGUCCGGCUGGAAGUGAGUGCAGAUGAAGCUCCCACGGGAGAGGAUCCCCCAACCUUCUUGCGACGUCUGCAGGACCUUACCGUGAAGGUCGGGACGAGAACACGGUUUCUCGUUGAGAUUGUCAGCUCUACUGAGUGUAAGGUGACAUGGUUCCGUAACGAGCGACGUUUGUUGGAAGCAGAGCGGGUGGCUCUGGCCCGCGAUGGCAACUUCUGGUGUGCCGAUGUAGCUGCUGUCAGCGUCGACGAUGCUGGCCGCUGGACCUGUACUGCUGAAAACGCCGGCGGCAGGGCCAGCUGCUCCGCGCACCUUAAUGUGCUUGUACCGAAGGCGUACAAGCGGCCUGAAUUCGUCGAGGAGUUGCGAGCACUCCUCACGGAGCAGGGGACUGUGUCACUCGAAUGCAAGGUGGUGGGAGUACCCACUCCCGUGCUGAGGUGGUUCAAGGACAGUCGCGAAAUAAAGGCGGGAGAUGUAUUUGCCCUCACGGCGAAUGCUGAGGACCCUACGUCGCUCGGCACAUACACCUGUGAAGCCGUCAACUGCAUGGGCAGGGCCUACUCCUCAUCCAAGGUCCAUGUCGUCGGGCGUGGCAGCAGGGAAGGAUCUCUUAGACCUAGCUCCAGCUUAGCUCCAGAGCCGCCUCCAAUCUUCACGAAGGAGCUGGAAGACCAGUUCGUGAGGAUCUGUGAGCCUCUGACCCUUGGCUGCCACAUCGUGGUGCCGCCCUGGCCGCGCAGCGUCGUCUGGUACAAUAAAGAAGGGAAGGUGGAACCUAGCGAGAGGUACCAUGUGUUAGAAGAUGGCGCUGGCGGGUAUCUGUUGGAAGUGCCGAGUGCUGAAUGGCCGGACGAGGGAGAAUGGAAGUGCGUGGCCACCAGCUCUGGUGGUCGCAUCGGGAUCUCCACCUGCUAUGUUACCAUGGAUGUGCCCAAAAAUUAUCGAAAGCCAAGAUUCAUGGAGAACUUACAAGCAGUGCUGACAGAAGAAGGCCUCGUGUCCUUCGAAUGUAAAGUUGUGGGCUUCCCCACUCCAGUGCUAAGCUGGUUCAAGGAUGGUCAAGAGUUAAAGCCAGGAGAUGUAUACCAACUCACAGGCACCAACUCCUUAGGAUCCUACUGCUGUAUUGCGAGGAACUGCAUGGGACAAGCCAGUAGCUCUGCUGAACUAACCGUGGAGGACAUUCAGAACCAGCUAAAUGAAGAAGAGAAGCUACAACUAUUCUCCAAGAACCAGGCUCCAAAGUUCAUUCAGGGGUUGAAGAGCGUUGAAGCGAAAAUUGAUGAGCCAUUCCGUUUUACAGUUAAAGUCGCCAUUCCGCCUGAACCGUCGGUACUUUGGUACCGAGACGACCAGCCGGUGGACGAGUCAUCUCGCUGCCACCACGGCCGGGAAGACCGUGGGGUGUUCUACCUGGACAUCCAAAGUCUCGAAUUCCUCGACCAAGCCGAGUGGAAAUGUGUGGCCAUGAACGAUUUUGGACACAGCGUCACCUCAUGUUUCCUUAAAUUGAUCAUACCUAGACAUUAUAAGAAACCAAGAUUCUUAGAGAAUCUUCAAGCCAUCCUAUCUGAUGAAGGUGCGGUGAACCUUGAAUGUAAGGUCAUCGGUGUCCCACAACCUGUCCUUAAAUGGUACAAAGAUGGUGAGGAACUAAAACCUGGUGAUAUUCACAGAAUUAUAUCAGGACAAGACGGCACUUGUUGCCUGGGAACUUAUACUUGUGAAGCGCAGAAUUGUAUGGGCAUUGCCGCUAGUUCUGCCUCACUUUUAGGAUUUGAUGAUUCGAUGAAAGCUAAAAAGAAGAAAGCAGAAGAACAAGCCUUACAAAGGAACUUGUCUCUUAGUACAAUUCACGAAGAAAGAACCUCACAAAUGUAUGAUACGCCCGUUGGUGACGUCACCACUCUCGACGACAAAGGAGAAAUUUCUUUCUCAUUUGAUGGCAAAGAAGUGUCUGUUUCUCUUUAUGAAACUCCUGAUUUGACAGAAGAAGAAGCCUUACAAAUUGUAGAAAUGUACGCAGAUCAACUAUCAGAAAAUAUUACUGAACAUAAUGUAGUUGAACUUCCUCCAUUACGAUUUGUGAAAGAAACGUCUACAUCUGGUAAUUUAUUAAUGGAAGCGGUGAUUAUUGAUGUUUCUCCAGAAUAUUUUGUGUCUCCUGAUGAAGAUAUGCGUACAGAAGCUGAUAUCGAUGAUAUUUCGAUAGCAGAUGAAAACGGCCCUCCUCAACUAUCACUCGAUCAAGAUAUAGAAAUUGGUGGAGAGGAUUAUUUGGAAAAAACAAUGGCAUUACUCUCAGAAGAAAAGUCAGAUUUAUCUCUUAAAUUCGGAAGAAAAAAGUCAGAUUCACAAAGAAGCGCUGAUGACUUCUUCAGCUUGUCUCGUGACCAAUCAUUGUCAGAAGAUAAGAAAGAUGAUGAUACUCAAGCAAUAUCUGAUCUACAAAGCUUUGCUAGUGCACACAGUUCUGGCAAACCAAAAUCAAAAUCAUCAAAACCUUCUGGAGAAGAUGGUCAAGAAUCCUCAGAACCAACGAAAACUAUUCUACUUAAGGACGAAGCUAUAAAACACUCUUUGGAUGCUGAACCGUCACCUGUUGUAAAAUCUAAAAGAGAGCGACGCACGAGCCGUAGCUCCAGGAGAUCUAGCUCGGGCAGCGAGAAGUCUGUAAGUAAAUCAAGAGACGAAGCUCUAAGAAAGAAAGAAUCCAUAGAAAUUGAAGUCCCAACGAAACCUAAAUUAACUGAUGAAGAAUUUAAAAACAAAAUGAUGAACAUUAGUGCCUCAUUGUCAAAAGUAAUAAAUGAUGUUCAAAUAAUUGAAAGAGAUAUAAUACUUAAAUCAGAACUCAUGUCGUCAGCUGCAACUGCUUCUAGAAGUUUAGAAAUUAUUAGUAGUCUAAUAUCCCCCUUGUCGGAAAUACAUAGUAUCACAGAUGCUGCUAAAGAGUCAGUUUCAGAGUCUAAGGAAGUCAGCAGUACAUUAUUCAAUAGCUUGCCCCAGCCACUCAAAGCUCUCCAGCAAUCACUGACCAUCAUUGAAAAAUGCAUAGAUAUGGAAAGUGACAGUAAAACUCUUGUCAAAAAAACUUGUGUCGCAUUUAUUGAAACUUGUGGCUGUGAAGUGCAAAAAUUGAUAUCAGAUAUCAAUUCUGUAACUGCUACAGAUUACCUAUUAACUGAAGACAAAAUUCUAACAGAAAUUGAAUCAUUGAAUAACGAAAUGAAUACUGUUAUUAAAUUCUCGUCGGACACAAUAAAAGCUCGCAACUUGUUAAGCGAAGCCAGUGAAAUAAAAGUCGAUGAACCUUCUCAAGAAGUGAAACAUCUCAGAGAUACGCAAAAAGCGGUAUUUGAACUAAAAAGUCCUCUUAUGUCUCUUCUCUGCAUAGCUGAAAGUGCUAAUAGUGGUAAAAUUGUAGAUAUUGCUAAAGUUCGUAAUAGCGAAGUGAUACUCAAUGAUAUGUCUGCAUCUAUACAAGAUCUGCAAACAGCUUUGGAGCAAAUCGAAACACUAUCAGUAAAAGAAUCAACUACGUCCUUACAUAAAUACAAUACUGAAAUUAUUGAAACAGUCAUGGAAUCUAUUGUUAAAUUGAGAAGUUCUUUUGAACAACUAUCCACGGAAUCCGAAGGCGAAGAUGAAGCCGUUCUGAAACAAGCAGUGGCAUCAAUAACAGAGAAUCUCAAUAAAAUAUCAUCUCAAAUAGAAGUUGUUGAAAACAAAGUAGGCACUUUUGAUAUUUUACAAAGUGAAAACAAGUUAGAUGCAUUACAAAAAAUGGCGCAAAUUCUUAUCGCAUUAGAAAACAAUCUACCGAAACUGGAAUCCAUACCAGAAGUUAAGAACCAUAUGACUGUGUUCCAUAAAAACUUAACCAAAGUAUUAGAAAAUGUAAUAGAAAGUAACGAAUCUAAAAAAUACUUCACUCUCAUGGAAAUCUGUGAUGCUGUCAACAGAAUUAAUGCUUCUAUUAAGAAUCUUGAUGCUGAUAAUGUUUUGCCUUUGGCUAGCCUUAACAAUACCUUAAGAAUAAUCCAAGAUCAAUUCAUCAUAAACGUAUUUGAUUCUGAGCUCAAUUGUGCUCUUCUUACAAACAUUGCUGAUACAUUAGUUGGAAUUCAAGAAUGUAUAAAUACAGCUGAAGAAACUAGUGUACAAAUUGAUUCGGAACACGUUCAAGAUAUUGCUUCUCAUAAAUACGAUGAAACCAAAGCUAAAGUUGUUAUCGAACAUAUCGAUCAUGCAAUAGCAGCCAUUGAAAAUAUAAAGGCAAUAGAGUCGACUCAAGACUUAAAGACAAGCAUUGCUCCCACAUUGGAAAGCAUUUGUCCCGUUUUAGAAGAACUUAAACGAAGUGUUGCCUCUACUAAAGCUAAUGGAGUAGAUGAAGAACAUAUUUCAGAUAUUUCAUCGUUUGCCCAAACUUUUGCUACACCACUUUGUGAAUUAAAUCAAAACCUUAUUGUUCUAA